AGUGUAGAGGAAGUGCUGGCACGAGACGUCUGCGCGCAGGAGGGAGCUGCAAAUAUUGCUGCCCGUCCACCCAGAGAGGUGUGAAAAGGAGAAAUCACGGGGACCUGCUUGAACAAUGGGUGUGACCAGCAGAUGGUCAUGGCACAGAUGGAUGGAUGAGAAUGUAUUGGUGGUAGCUGUCAUCAGCUGGGUACUCUUGUCACCGAUGGAUGUGGGUGCCUGGACUUACCACUACGGGACAGAAUCAGAGCUGACAUGGGAACAAGCAAGGAGUUUUUGCCGGACCUUCUUCACUGACUUGGUAGCAAUCCAAAACCAAGAAGAAAUCCAUUACCUCAAUGAAUUCAUACCCCGCCAUAAAACAUACUACUGGAUUGGGAUCCGGAAGAUUAAAAACAUUUGGACCUGGGUGGGAACCAACAAAACCCUGACGAAGGAGGCGGAGAAUUGGGCUAAGGGUGAGCCCAACAACAAACGUUCUAACCAGGACUGUGUUGAGAUCUACAUUAAGAGGGAUUUGGAGUCUGGGAAGUGGAACGAUGAACCUUGUACUAAAAAGAAGCGGGCACUGUGUUACACAGCAUCUUGUCAGCCUUCCUCCUGCAGUCAGAACGGUGAGUGUGUGGAGACCAUUGGGAACUACACCUGCGUCUGUUAUCCCGGCUUCUUUGGGCCUGAGUGUGAAGAAGUUGUCAAGUGCAGGGAGUUUGAUGCUGUCCACAGACCACUGUCCGUGAACUGCAGUCAUCCACUGAAGAGCUUCAGUUACAAAUCCAGCUGCACCUUCAGUUGUGAUGAAGGGUUUGAAGUGAGCGGGCCAGACACCUCGCAGUGCUCGCCUUACGGGAACUGGACAGCACAAGUACCACAGUGUGUAGCCGUGCAGUGCCGACCAUUAAAUACCCCUUCAAAUGGUGAGCGCCACUGUUCUCCCGUCCACGGGGAAUUCCAGUACCAGUCUACUUGCCGUUUUACCUGCACAGAGGGCUUUGUAGUAAAUGGAGCAGAGACCAGCAUAUGUGAAGCAUCUGGCAGAUGGACUUACCCAGAGCCAAUAUGCCAAGUCAAGCAAUGCCAGGAAAUUGAAUCUCCUGCAAGAGGAACAAUGGACUGCAUAAAUCCUCUGGGUGACUUUGCAUACAAUUCCACUUGCAGUUUUGCUUGUGAAACUGGAUUUCAGCUCAGUGGCUCAGAGAUAUUGCAUUGCAGCUCAUCCGGUCAGUGGACAGCUGCGGUACCCAUCUGUCACGCUGUUCAGUGCCAGCCCCUGGGAGUCCCCAUUCAUGGAAACAUCACCUGCUCCCAUCUCCAUGGGGACUUCCAGUAUCAAUCCAGAUGCACCUUCCACUGUAGUGAAGGCUUUCAGCUGCUGGGAGAAGAGGAGACUUUGUGCACUGCCUCCAGAGAGUGGACAUCUCCACCACCAGUUUGCCAAGUUAUUGACUGCCCAAAGUUGGAUGCCCCCAAGGACGGAGGAUUAAACUGUUCUCAUCUGCAUGGAGACUUCACGUAUAGCUCCCGCUGCACUUUCUCCUGCAAUACAGGGUUUGUGCUGGUUGGACAAGAAAGGCGUCAGUGCACAGCCCUUGGACUGUGGACAGAGAAGCCACCUUUUUGUGAAGCCGUGAAAUGCCACAGUCUGCAAAGCCCUGAGAAAGGAAAAAUGACCUGCUCUCAUCCAGUUGAAGAAUUUGCUUACCAAUCUACCUGCGAAUUUACCUGUGAACCUGGUUUUGCCUUGGCUGGAACAAAAACAACAGGCUGCUUGGCAUCUGGGAACUGGAGUGACCCAUUUCCUACUUGUCAGGUUAUUGGCUGCCCAAAAUUGGAUGUCCCAGAGAAUGGAGGAUUAAACUGCUCUCAUCCGCACAGAGAUUUUGCAUAUAGUUCCACCUGCACCUUCUCCUGCAAUAUGGGUUUUGUGCGAGUUGGACAGGAAAAGCUUCGGUGCACAGCCAUGGGUCAGUGGACAGAGAACCCACCCUUUUGUGAAGCUGCCAAGUGCCCAGUUCUGCACGCGCCAGACAACAGCCAUUUCAACUGUUCUCAUCCCCAUGGAGAUUUUGCGUACGGCUCCAGCUGCAACUUCUCCUGCAAUGCUGGUUUCAAGCUGGUUGGACUGGAGAUGUUGGACUGCUUGGCUAUAGGAAACUGGACAGACCAACUACCAUCUUGUAAAGCGGUUCCGUGCCCUGCCCUGGGAUCUCCGGACAAUGGACGGGGAAACUGCUCUCAUCCACAUGGAUUCUUUGCAUUCAACUCCAGCUGUCUUUUCUCCUGUGACUCUGGUUUUGAGUUAGUUGGAUCAGAGAUGCUCCAGUGCAUGGCUAAAGAAAAGUGGACAGGGGAUAUGCCCAUCUGUGAAGCUGUAUCUUGUCCCCAGCUGGUGAAUCAGGAACAUAUGGUAAUGAACUGUUCCCACCCCUGGGGUCCCUUCCGCUAUAGUUCAACAUGUCACUUGCACUGUGCCGAUGGUUAUAUCCUCAAUGGAACAAGCAGGGUGGAGUGCCAGCCUGAAGGCCAUUGGUCUGCUGAGAUGCCAGUUUGUCAAGAAAACGUUGCUUCUUUUCUCAAGCAAGCUCUGCUGUAUACUGGUGGAGUCACGGCAUCUGUUAUUGGCCUGUUGGUAUCUGGGACUCUAAUAGUUCUGGCAAUACGACAUUUCAGCAAAAAAGAAGAAAAAAAUAAGCUCUUGAAUUCUACAAGUGAUUUGGGAGCACCUGGAGUCUUCUCCAAUGCGGCAUUUGAUUCCUAUUCUUAAGGUACCCAGUUCCUCACAAUGGAAUGUACUUGCAAGUGAUAGUCCUGUCUUUAGAGCCCAAAAUACAAUGCGGUCUUCUCAAAUGAUCAGCCUGAUUUCCCUCCCUCCUUGGGAUGGACCCACAAAGAGCUCAUCCAGUGAUGACCCUGGGAGGAAACCACAGAGAGGAUGGGCUUUUCCUGCACCUUCAUGCCUAGUUAAGCUCUGCCUCCAGAGUCAACGUAGAGCUGGAAAGAAAUUCAGGCUGAAACAACUUCCUCCACCUCUGAUUUUGCUGUGCUGAGUUUCUGUUCACCACCCAGAGGCAGCGUUUCAGGGCUGUUGCAUCAUUCGCUGUUACACUGCCAGACAACUAAAUUUUCCCUCUGCUGUCACACUCUAACUAACUUAGAAAAUUAAAAAACGUUACCACCUAAAGGUCUGGUGGAGAUGCUGUUGCUAUGAAACUGAAUCAGCGCUUGCUGUAAACUGUGCUUUUCUGGAAGUACUGGUUCUUCUUGUUUCAUUCGAACUCUCCCGUCAUCUAAAGAUUGCUUUUAAAAAAACCAGACCUUGAGUUUAAAAUUCAGUUAUGGAAAUCUCUAUUCCUAUACAGCCAAAAGAUGAACAGAUUGCUUUAUGUAUGCAUACCAGGUUACUACAUUCUCCCUUUAUUACACCUUGCUCUCUAAAAAGUUAAUCCUAGGGUGCAAAUUUUGUUACAAGGAAUAAAUUUUUUAAAAAAAUCAAAUAUGUUUUACGUGUGUUUGAUGCUAUCAAAAGCCAGCUGAGUGGCCUUGGGUCAGUCACAGCUCUUCUAAAGUUCUCUCAGCCCCACCCACCUUACAGGGUGAUUGUUGUGGGGAUAAUAAAAGCAUAAUUUGUAAACCGCUCAGAGUGGAUGUUAAGAUGUC